AGAAAAGAAAAAGAUAUAAGGGAAGGAAGUUGGAAUAUUUAGUCAACGCAAAGUGUUUGGCAGGAAGAUGUCUUCGGGCGAAGGAGCUCCGCUUCUUUCCAUUUCUACAGAUGGAGAAAUAGUUUGUGAGACCCAAGCCGCCGCUACGUCUCCCAAACAAGAACAACGUUUAGUAUCUCUCGAUGUCUUUAGAGGCCUUACCAUCGCUUUGAUGAUUUUGGUUGAUGAUUCUGGAAAGGCUUUCCCCUCCAUAAACCACUCUCCCUGGUUUGGAGUGACCCUUGCUGACUUUGUCAUGCCAUUUUUCCUCUUUAUUGUUGGUGUUUCUGCAAGUCUAGUAUUCAAGAAAGUUUCCAGCAAACCACAAGCUACAAAGAAAGUCUUACUGAGGACAGUUAAGCUCUUUAUUUUGGGAGUGUUCCUUCAAGGUGGGUAUUUCCACGGCCGGGGCCACCUGAGUUAUGGAGUUGAUAUUGUUAAAAUUAGAUGGAUGGGAGUGUUACAGAGGAUUUCUAUUGGUUAUCUCUUUGCUUCAAUUCUGGAAAUUUGGUUUGCCAAUGAUUAUCCUGUUGAUUCAGCUAAGGCAUUCGUCAAGAGAUACUUCUUUCAAGCGGUGGCUGGAAUCUUAAUUGGUUUGUCUUACCUGAUUUUGUUGUAUGGCCUUUAUGUCCCAGACUGGUUCUUUCAAAUAUCGAGUUUUAACAUGGAAUCACCAGUUUCAGGAUAUGGUUUGAGUACUCAAACUGUUAACUGUGGAGUGAGGGGCAGUCUCGAGCCUCCUUGCAACGCGGUUGGUCUGAUUGAUAGGCUUCUUCUUGGUGAAAAACACCUUUAUCAACGUCCUGUAUACAGAAGAACCAAGGAAUGUAGUGUCAAUUCCCCUGAUUAUGGACCUCUACCAUCAAAUGCACCUGGAUGGUGCCUUGCUCCGUUUGACCCUGAAGGAAUCUUAAGUUCUUUGAUGGCAGCCAUUACGUGCCUUGUGGGCUUGCAUUUCGGCCACAUUCUUGUGCAUGUUAAAGAUCACAUGCAGAGGGUAAUCUUUUGGUCCGUAUUUUCCGUCUUUCUAACACUUGCAGGAUAUGUAUUGGAGCUUGCAGGUGUUCCUCUUUCUAAACCGCUUUAUACAUUGAGCUAUAUGUUCAUCACGGCUGGAGUAUCCGGUUUGCUCUUAAUAGUUCUUUAUUACAUUGUUGAUGUCAAAUGUUUUCAGAAGCCAAUGAUACUAUUUCAGUGGAUGGGAAUGAAUGCUCUCAUCCUCUAUGCUUUGGCUGCUUGUGACCUCUUUCCUGCGGCACUGCAAGGUUUCUAUUGGUAUUCACCAGAAAACAACUUGGUUGACGUCACAGAAAGAUUCCUUCAAGCAGCAUUUAAUUCAAAGAAGUGGGGUACCUUGGUAUUUGUGAUGCUUGAGAUAUUGUUUUGGGGUUUGGUUGCUGGAUUCCUUCAUGCAAAAAAGGUUUAUGUAAAGCUAUGAAGUUGCUGAUGUGAAUGCUUUUGCACUGUGUGGUGCCACUCUCUUGAUCAUGCCCGGAUGUCUCAAAGGCGGCAUGCAUUCAGUGAGUCCUUCAGCAGCGACUCUAGAAGAUAACUGAUAUUCUCAUAGUGCUGUACUUUAUUGUCCUCAUGGCAUGUAUAUAUCUGCGGAUAAUAGUACGUAGUAGAUUAUGAACAGUUUUCAGCUUUCUCCUUGUGUAGUUGUGGCAUUAAAACUUGCUUCGGGGAUAUCUACUCAGUCCUGUCACAAAUGACAGCACGUUCUAAA